UGACCAAUCAACAACUGCAGUUGUCCGCUCAAAUUUGAACCGUUUGAAACGUUAGAAGCUGGUAGCUAGUUUGCGUCGUUGUUGCAUUUCGGCUUGCCUGCGAACGGUACCCUAUUCUAUGCACCAACUGCAAGCACCCGGGCUGUGCCGCCGGGGAAAGCCGAGUCGCUGUGCUUAGCAAGAACUGUUUGCUAAAGUUUGGGCGUUGCAAACUUUCCUUUCUCCAAUGUCUUUUCCAAAGGCACCCCGUUUCACUGCGAACAACGCAGAUGAUGUGCCUCCAGUUGGCUCCUACAACUUGCCUUCGGAAAGCCACACACCUGCGCCCAAGUUUUCUAGUGCGAGCAGGUUUCGCGACAGCAAUGCGACCAGCUUUUCAACGCCUGGUGGUUCUUUUCGCUUGCCACCUGUACCUCUGCAUGCCUCCAAAGAACUUUUGAAGCGCAGAAUGUCUGAAAUGGCCCAUCACCUGGAGGAAAGAGACACUCUUAUAGCACAGCUUCGAGUCAGCAAAGGGAAGCUCUCAACCCGUGUGACCCAGCUGGAGCAACUUCUGAGAGGCCUCUCGCGGAAGGUGUCAUCCAGAAAUGAAACCUUGCACAGUUCAAGGAAACUGAAAAGCAGCGAGUCUUCACUGACAAGGCCGCAAGAUAUAGAAGCGGCGCAAGCUAUAUUAAAGGAGUUAGGUGAAGCUGAUGCGGCAGAAACCUUUUCUGAAGUCCGGCUGUCAAAAGGAACACAAGAACUCAAGGAGGAGCUCAAUGAUAUGAUUGACAAUAUGAAUGCUGAUGAUGCCAAGGCCAACAACACAGGCUCCAUCUUGACAAGCACAUCUUCACAAACUGAUUUCUUGGAUGCUCAUGGACAAGAAAAUGCAAGCUGUUGUCAGCAAGAAAUUGACAGGCUGGCACAGAUAAUGACAGAAAAAGAAGAAUUAGAGAAGAAUGUUGUAGAAAUUCGCUUAGAAAAGUCCUCUCUUCAAGAAAAAAUAGAAGAUACUGAAGCAAAGUUUAGUGAACUUCAUCUUCAAGUGCUACAUUAUAAAGAAGAAUGUGCAAUGAAGCAGGCGGAAAUGGAGAAAUUGGUCGUUGAAUAUGAUGUGCUGAAAAAUGAAGCACGCUCAUUGAUUGAUGACAAAAAAGAGCUCACUGCAAUCGUGGACCGCAUGAAAGCUGAGAAACAAGAACUGGAAAAGGAGCUAGCAGAAGCUUGCGCAAAGGAGUCUUCUAUGGUAGCAAGUAUUGAAAACAUGGAGGCCACACAAGCUAAACUACAGGACGAGCUUGUAUGCAAGAAAGAGGAGACUACUGAUCUACAGUCUCAAGUCGAUCAGUUUGUUCUUGAAAAUAACCUGCUGAAGAACGAAGCACAGUCUCUGAUUGAUUCAAAGCAAGAGCUCCUUGCAACAGUUGAGCAGAUGAAGGCAUAUCAGCAAGAGUUGGAGGAGAAGAUGGCACAAACUUAUGAACAGAAGUUCUCUCUGGAAGUAAGAACAGAGAAUCUUGAGACAGAGGUUUCUGAGCUACAUCGUGAGCUCUUACGCCAUAAGCAGGAAAACACUGACAUGCUGACACAAGUUGAACAACUUCUCCUUGAAAACGAUAUUUUGAAAAGGGAGGCACAGUCCGUAGAUGACUGUAAGCAAGAGCUUAGUGCACUUAGUAGUACUCUCUCUCAUGUGAAAUUGGAAAAAGAAGAGAUUGAAAAAAAGGUGGUAGAGCUUCAUUUGGAGAAAGCAACAAUAGAAAAUAGACUGGAAACCCUUACAGCCAACUUUGACAAGCUUCACUAUGAAUCCAUGCAACAUCAGGAGGAGAAAACAGUGCUGAUGACCAAAUUGAACCAAGUUUCGGAAAUGAAUGAAGCCCUGCAAUCGAAACUUGACGAAGCUUUCUGUGAAGUAGCUGAGCUUAAGUCUUCAGUGGCCCAUCUGCAUGAUGAAAUUUCUUUUCAUGAGCAGCUGAAGCAGGACAUGCUAGAGCAACUGGAUAGCUAUGGCGAUGUGCUAACACUCAAAACAAGCCUGGAAGAGAAACUUGCUUCAGCACUUGUUGAAGUUGACAGCCUUCAGAGUAGCAACGUGAAAUUCAGCAGGGAAAUUAUCACACUGGAGGAUGCAAACAGAGCAGCAAGAAAUGAUAUUGCAAAGCUGCUGAAAGAAAAAGAACAACUUGAAGAAAUCAUUCAGUCAUGCCAUGAAGUUAGGGAAGAAGUAGAAGUAAAGCUUUCAGAUGCCACCCACAAUCUUGGUAUCUUGAAAGAAAAGGCAGACUUCUUGUCUUGUGAAAACCUUCGCCAACGUGAAGUGCUGACUAACUAUGCUCGGCAGCUUGAAGAUGCUGUGCUUCGUGCGGACAGGUACAAAUGUGUAUGCAGUGAACUUGACAGGCAGAAGAGGGAGCUGCGUGACCAACUGAAGCAGCUGUCAGAAGAACUAACACAAGUUAAGAAUGAGAUGCAAGUGGCCCAAGAAUUUCACGAGAUGAUGGUGUCUAGGCUAUCAUCGUGGCUGUCUUUAGAGAAUAUUCUUUCUUCAAAUUGGGAUAUUCACGCAAGGCAAAUAAGCAACCUAACUGAGCAGCUCAACUCAAUGGCAGCAGAUGCUGAGAGAUGGAAGGCAAGCUUUGAAGCUCUGCAGAUGAGAGUUGCACCAUUCCAGGAGCAGUUGGAGCUAUACGAGAUGGAAAAGGAGCUUCUUGAGAAGAGGAAUGAAGCAACGGAAAGUGAGCUCUCCAAGCUCUACAGGAAGGUCUCUGAAAUGAUGGGGCACCAAAAUCAUAAACAAAAGAUCCACUACCUGAGCAACCUUCUGGAAGAGCAGCAUAAGUCUAGGAAGGAGCUGCACAUUCUCAGAGAAAAGAACCUCAAGCAGACGAAAGAAAUCGCCAUGCUGCAAGUGCAACUCCACAGCCAGAAAAUGAAACAAGGACAAAAAGGCACGCUCAACCAAACAGCAAAAGAAAACGUGCUGCCCAAGCCUCCUAUGUGACAACUUUUCCAAGAAUAUUUUCUUAUAUUUUGUAUAUUUUUUAUCAAAAUAUAUUUUAUCACUGACGUAUGAUGGCAUUUACAAAUGUGGUUAAAAAUGUAUUUUUAACAACAUCCUUCAUUCAUAAUAUCACCGUCAUCAUUUUCUAAUCCUCUUAAAAUAAAUGUAGCCUCUUGUAAAUGUAACUGUAGCAAACUAUAAAUGAAAUAAAUUUAUACUCCAUAGUUAUUAUGCUUAUGUCCUUGAUCAUCGAUAUGCUGAAUAAAGGCUGAAUUGCUGUGCUGAA